UGAAAGCAUCGUUUCUCCACGUCACGUGGUAUCCCAGAAGCCUCGUCACCAGGAAGUGGUAUGCUGGAGACAUCUCCGGUUUUGUUUUGACAAUGAUGGAGGAGGAAGAAUUUGAAUUUGCUGAAGAUUUGGAGGCUAUUUUGCACCUAACACCAGAGGUGCAAUUAGCUAUUGAACAGGUUUUCCCCAGCCAAGACCCUCUGGACAGAGCUGACUUCAAUGCUGUUGAAUACAUCAAUACACUGUUCCCCACUGAGCAGUCUCUGGCUAAUAUCGAUGAUGUAGUAAACAAGAUCCGCCUGAAGAUCAGGCGCCUGGAUGACAACAUCAGGACGGUGGUGAGAGGCCAGACCAAUGUGGGCCAAGACGGCCGACAGGCUUUGGAGGAAGCCCAGAUAGCCAUCGGGCAGCUCUUUGGCAAAAUCAAGGACAUUAAGGACAAGGCGGAGAAGUCUGAACAAAUGGUUAAGGAGAUUACAAGAGACAUAAAGCAGCUGGACCACGCCAAGCGUCACCUCACUACAUCCAUCACAACCCUUAACCACCUGCAUAUGCUGGCAGGGGGCGUCGACUCUUUGGAAGCCAUGACCAGAAAGAGGCAGUAUGGGGAGGUAGCUAACCUGCUGCAGGGCGUGGUCAACGUCCUUGAACAUUUCCACAAGUACAUGGGCAUCCCCCAGAUCAGACAGCUGUCCGAGAGGGUAAAAGCUGCACAAAGCGAGUUAGGGACUCAGAUCCUGGCCGACUUUGAGGAAGCUUUCCCCUCACAGGGAUCCAAGAGACCAGGUGGUCCCAGUAAUGUGCUGAGAGACGCCUGUCUGGUAGCAAAUGUGCUGGACCCGCGCAUCAAACAGGAAAUCAUUAAGAAGUUCAUCAGGCAGCAUCUUUCAGAGUAUCUGGUUUUGUUCCAAGAAAACCAAGAUGUUGCUUGGUUGGAUAAGAUUGACCGCCGCUACGCGUGGAUCAAACGGCAGCUGGUCGACUAUGAGGAGAAGUAUGGGCGCAUGUUUCCUGAGGAGUGGUGCAUGACAGAGCGCAUUUCUGUCGAGUUCUGCCACAUCACUAGGGUGGAGUUGGCCAAAGUCAUGCGAACACGGGCCAAAGAGAUAGAGGUGAAGCUGCUUCUGUUUGCAAUUCAGAGGACCACGAAUUUCGAGGGUCUUCUGGCCAAACGCUUCUCAGGAUGCACCCUGACAGAUGUUCCUGGACAAAAGAAGCCAGAGAGUCCUCUAGAAUCCACAAACCCCUUCCUGGAGGACGAGGCAGGCGAGGAAGUGGGCACAGAGAAGGAUGAGGAUCUGGCUAAGCCCAGGAAGCCAAAAGCUCCAGACAACCCUUUCCACGGCAUCGUCUCCAAGUGCUUCGAACCUCAUCUCUACGUCUACAUAGAGUCCCAGGACAAGAACCUGGGCGAGCUCAUCGAUCGGUUUGUGGCCGACUUCCGAGCACAAGGCCCACCCAAGGCGGGCACAGAGGAAGGCGGAGCAGUCCUGCCCAGCUGCGCCGAUCUCUUUGUGUAUUACAAGAAGUGCAUGGUGCAGUGCUCCCAACUGAGCACCGGAGAACCAAUGAUUGCCCUCACGACCAUCUUCCAGAAGUUUCUGAGAGAGUAUGCAUGGAAAAUCCUCUCUGGCAACCUGCCCAAAUCCAGCAGUAACAGCGGAGGUCUCACAAUCAGCAGCCUGCUGAAAGAGAAAGAAGGCUCAGAAGCUGCAAAGUUCACCGUGGACGAGCUCUGUCUGAUCUGUAGCAUCCUCAGCACUGCAGAGUACUGCCUGGCUACUACACAACAGCUGGAAGAGAAGCUGAAGGAGAAAGUCGAUAAAAUCCUGAUGGAAAGAAUUAAUUUGACAGGAGAGAUGGAUACAUUCAGCACCGUAAUCUCAAACAGCAUCCAGCUACUUGUUCAAGAUCUUGAUGCUGCCUGUGACCCUGCCCUCACUGCUAUGAGCAAGAUGCCGUGGCAGAGCGUGGAGCAUGUGGGCGACCAGAGUCCUUAUGUGACAUCAAUCAUCAUGCACAUCAAGCAAAACGUCCCGAUCAUCAGAGACAAUCUGGCCUCCACACGCAAAUACUUCACACAGUUCUGCAUCAAGUUCACAAACUCUUUUAUUCCCAAAUUUAUCAACCACCUGUUCAGAUGUAAGCCUAUCAGCAUGGUGGGAGCUGAGCAACUCCUCCUCGACACUCACUCCUUGAAAACAGUCUUGCUGGACCUGCCCUCCAUAGGCUCCCAGGUGCUCCGCAAAGCCCCUGCCAGCUACACCAAGAUCGUGGUGAAAGGCAUGACGAGAGCAGAGAUGAUCCUUAAGGUGGUGAUGGCCCCACAUGAACCACCGGUGGUGUUUGUUGAUAACUACAUCAAGCUCCUGGCUGACGGGAAUCCUGAGACCUUCCAGAAGAUUCUUGACAUGAAGGGUCUGAAGCGCAGUGAACAGAGCAGCAUGCUCGAGCUCUUCAGACAGAGGCUACCCACACCACCCUCUGGCGCCGAUGGAGGCCCCUCUCUGUCCUUCAGUGCCCCCACGCCCGAGCAGGAGUCCUCCCGCAUCCGCAAACUGGAGAAACUCAUCAAGAAGAGACUGUGAACACAAACACAACACUCAAGAACUGGAAAAAGCUGUAGGGAGUGAAGCACCUUCCUUGCAGUUAUUCACCUCAGACAGAUUAAUACCCAAUACGAUUAUUAUUGGAGAGCACAGAAAGAGUGGACUAAAGUUGUUGACUGGCAGUCACAUGAUCACAGGCUGUAGCUGAAUGAUGAAGAAGCUGCUACAUGCUGUUGCUGCAUACAUCAUUUACAUCUGUAAUCUUUUUCUUUCUUUCCAUGACACUAACGUCUGAGCUUUUUAUCAUUUGUACAUUUUUGCACUGUGUAAUAGCACUCUGAGGACCGAAUGUGGGGCGGUUAUGUCACCUUUGUGUGACAUGUCUAAUCUCGGAGGAUUACAGGCAGCCCGAUCUUAAUUUAAACUGUGUUCAAGGUUCUCCUCUACUGUUCUGAUUUUAAUUACUGAGUCAAAGAGGACAUGUGACAUAGGUUAAGGAUAUGAAAUCCACAAGUCUGGGUGAACGAAGAUAUUUCGAUUCCCUGCAUCUUCUUUAAGACGUCAAGUCUUUUAUCUUGCAUCAUUGCCUAAGGAGGGGAACCUUUGUACGAUCUAUGCUGUAUACGUGUGCAGUCCCUGAUAUUCUUUGAUAAUUUAUUCCACUGCUUUCUUUGUUUGGACAUAAAAAUGUGUGUUAGCAACAGUAUCGCCUCAUUUUUUGUAUACGUAGGGCAAAUUGUUGACUCUUACUGCAUAGUUUGGAAAAUAAUAUCUUUAGUUCUGAGACUGCAAAAAAGUCUAAAUGUUUAAAGUGAUAUCUAAUGAUCUGAAGCUGCUCUCCCGUGUAUAAGAGCGAUGUCAAAUACAGCACACAGACUGUUGAUAAAUAAGAAUCCUUAUCUGAAGUCGGUGCACUGGGUUUGGAUACUGAUGUGAGUGCCUCUAAGUUAAACAAGCUCUUGUAGAUCAAAUGCUUCUGAAUCAGUGUACACAUUCCUGCCUUCAGGCAUAAAAAUGUUUCUUGUUUUUAUUGUCUGAACUGUGCGCCACACAUGCAGUUGGCAGUUGUUGAACACUAUUAAAACAUUGCCACCAUUG